CGGGUCGCCAUCGCCACCAGUGGGAAAAAAAUAACAAAGCAAUCCAGCAGCAGGGCGAACGCACAAAAAGAAACGAACAAAACGCUCGGCCCCGAAGGUGUACCAAAUUUUCUCAAGUGAACUUUACAUUUUUGAGCGAUUGUUGAAAUUUUCGUACGAAAUUACUUGCGAAACGUACAAAUUGGUGUCAACGCGCAUUUUGGUUCGUGCAAAACCUUCCGGCAGGCUGAAAUUCGAAGUAACGCAAAAUUGCGACGUUGUGAGCUACAUUAUUAAGCGUUUUCUCCUUGAGUCUGUAUUUCAGUACACACCCACACAAACACACUAGCAAAUUGUUUGCCGAUCGGUCCUGCAAGCGACAGAGCAAAUGAAAAUGAAGAUGCCCGACAACAACAUCGGCGGCAGCAGCUCGAACACCUACACACACAUCACCCUGCACGCGGGCAACGGGUUCAAUCGGGGCGCUGGUGGCGGCGGCGGUGGAGGCGACGCAGAAACGGUGGCGGCCCGCAACACCGCGAUCCCGUAUCCGAACGAUCCGUACGACUCGGACGGGGACAGCAUGAGCACACCGCCCAACGAGGAAGCCACUGGCCCAGCGGACGACUUUGCUGAGUACAUGUGGAUGGAGAACGAGGACGAGUUCGACAUGCAGGAGAUGCAACGGCUAGAGGAGGAAGAGCUGAUGGACCAGUGCAUCGAGGCGAUGAUGAUGGAUGAGAUGGCUUCGGCGGAGCGGAUGGCUUCGACGGCGCUGGUAGGCAAUGUGCCGAGAGAAAGCGGUCUGAUGAACAUCCUGUCCAGCCUACAGCUCGACAAAGAGGGACAGCAGGGGCAGCAGACCCGCCAGCCCAAGGAUGUGAACGUGGAGAAAUCGACGCUAAACCCACUGGCCGCCGAGUUUGUGCCAUCGCUGCGUGCGCUCGUCGCUCCAACGUCCUACUGAAGCCACAGUCGGGCGGGAACAAGCAUCUAAAAAGGUAUGCAAAUACUCACAAAGCGAGAAAAAAAGUGGAAAAAGGGGCGAUUUUUUUUUUACGAUUAUAAUUGCCUUAUUCUUUGUACGACGAACGUGUGUAAUGUGUAAGCGCAUAAUAACACAACCCCAUAGAGAGCUAAUACUGUUUAACUGUCCUUCCGCUGGUGGGGCUGCAUUGGAA